AUGGACUUAGUCCCCAAAACCUACGAUCACGAUUGCCUCAUAGAACUCGAAGACUCAAACACCACUCUAUCACCAGGCUCUUAUUUGUUCCAAAGCAGAAUCAUAAACAACUUCUGGGGUUCCUUCGACUCAUCAAACUGCAAAAAAGAAAUCAACCUGUUUUCAAACGUAGUCAAAGAGUUGAAGUCUCAACAAAGACUCAUGAAUCAUACUGUUGAAACUCUUUGUAUUGGUGAAGCUUCAAAUAUAGCUGUUUCCACUUUGCAGAAACUCGGUUUCUCCAAUGUGAUUAACCAUAGCUUUUUCUCAUUCAAUAAAAAGAAUUUCGUUUAUUCACUUGAUCGGUAUCGCGACGAUUCAUUCGGGUUUGUUUUGUCCGAUGAUUUAGGUAAAGUAACUGUCCCGGCAUUGCUUGUUCUUGAAGUCGAACGGAUUCUUAAACCGAACGGAAUCGGUGUUUUGCUUUUGGAUUUUGAUAGCGAGAGUGAGAGUGAGAAUGUUUAUUCCAUUCAUAACAUUAACAAUAUUAACAUGAUAAGAACCGCUUCACCGGUUUCUUCGUUGUUGCGGUUUUCGUCUAUAGUUCAUGUUGGAGUUGUCAGUAAUCACAGCCUUAUUGUUUUCAAGAAAAACUCAGAAUCAGAAUCAGAAUCAGAAAGUGAAACCAGAAGAUCUUUAUUCUAUCACGAAGAUUGUAGAAGUGUUAACUUUGCUAAGAAAUUUAUGAAUCUAAUGGAGCCUAUUGUCAAGGAAAGAACAUAUGAGAAGAAAAUCACUUAUUUGCCUGAGUUUGUGAAUGUUUCUACAUAUAAGAAGAAUCUGGUUUAUGUUAAUAUUGGUGAAACCGGUGAAAGUGAGGUUAAUGAUUGGUUUCCGGAAUCUUAUCCAAUUGAUAAGAAACAUUUCAAUAUUUACUUUGUUCAUUACAACGCGUCUGUAAUGUUAUCGCACGUGAAAGAACCGCGUGUUACGUUUGUUUAUCAUCCAGGAUUGAAUGAAAAUUUUAGCGACGAAGGGGAGGCUAUUGAUGUGGAUGAAUAUAUGGAGAUGGAAGAGUUUGAUUUGGUUGAUUGGUUUAGAGAAACUGUGAAGAAUGCUGAUUUUGUUGUGGUUAAGAUGAAUGCGGGGAAAGCUGAGAUGAAGUUUCUUUCUGAUAUAUAUGAGAAUGGAGUUAUGUGUUUUGUUGAUGAGAUGUUUCUUGGCUGUGAAGAGAGUGAAAAUGGUGAGAGAUGUGUGGAUGUUUAUGAUGGGCUUAGAAGGAAUGGUGUUUUUGUUCAUCAAUGGUGGAAUGGUGAGUGA